AUGUUUUUUGGAAGAAAUCUGAGUUUGUUAUUUGGCUAUCCUUGUUUUCUCUCUACUAUUAAAGCAAUUAUACGCCUUAAUGACCAUUUUAUCUUGACCCGUUUCUUGAUAAUUGCUUGGGGUGUGUGGAAAUUUCGAAACCUGAAGUUUUUCCAGCAAACCAGCACUCUUGAUGUGUGUGAUGUGGUGAGAAAUUGUCUUGAUUAUGUUGAGAACUUUCAGUUACUUCGUAAGCAUGUGAGUGUUCAUCAUCAGUCUUCAACUUUGUGUUGGUUACCUCCACCUUGUGGGUUUUUCAAACUGAAUGUAGAUGGAGCCAUUUUUGAGGCCUUGAAUUGUUCUGGGGUGGGUGCUGUUUUGCGGGAUGAUAAGGGAUGCUUGGUUAUGGCAAUGUCUAGAAGGGAGUUGGGUAUUCAUGAGGUAGAAGACAUAGAAGCUCUUGCUGCACUUAGGGGUUUGCAAUUAACCUCUCACUUGGGUAUUUCUCAUCUGAUUUUAGAAGGGGAUUCUUUUGCUGUGAUGGAAGCUAUAUGCUCUAGGGGGGAGAUUUUGGAUAGGUGCAGUAUUUUAAUUCAUGAGGUGAAGAAGAUUCUGUCCACUUUUGAAUCUUUUGAAGUUCUGCAUGUGGGAAGACAUGGUAAUGAGGCUGCACAUAUUCUGGCUCGUCAAGCAAAGUUUGUGGAUGAUACACUGCAAUGGUGGAAUGAUCCUCCAGAUUUUCUUCGUAGCAGACUUGAAGUGGAUGCUGGGCGUGUCCUUUCUUAA